AUGGGCAGCCAGAGGAGCAGAAGACCCAUGGACAUGAGCAGAAGUUUGAAAAUGCGCAAAGACAAGGCGAGCUCGGAGUUUGAGAUGCACAAACGGAUAUACUGGCAGGCGAGCUACGCCAACUUGAUUGUCGACAAGGAAAGGGGGAAAGAGAAGAAGGUUCCCUUGAAAGUGCUGAACAUGAAGUUCAUGGUGAGGGAGUCCACAAAAGAGAAGUACAGCAUCAUGAAGCUCGCCUUCAUCUACCUCAUAAUCUCGACCUUCUUCCCGGCACUCCAUGUUGUCAUGUUCACAAUUGUCAUGUUGCAGCGAGUGACGUUUUACGCCACUUUGAGUCCAGAAGAGCAGGAACAAGAGCAAGGGUCCAAGUUUGGCUUCCUGCGCUCCUUUGCUGCCCUGGUUGCCACCAUCACCGUCGUCUCAUUUCUUCGUCUCCCCCGAGGACCAUGA